AUUUAACAUUUAACCAAAGAAGUUUCUAUUCCAGAUAUUGACUCAAAAUUGAGGUUAUAGGAUAGCAGCAUACAGAAUGUUCGUGAGAUCGGGCUUUCUUCCUUUGCUCAUGAUCGGUUUCCUUUCGAGCCUCUUUUUUGCCACUUAUUUGAUAAUUAAGGAGAAGAAAAUCUCGCCAUUGGGAAGACGCUUGGUGCAGGUACUGGAGACGGAGACGUUCACAGAAAAUGAGGAAGCGCCCUCACUUUCCUAUGCAGAGAAGCUUCUUAAAGCCUACGAUGAAGUGGAGACCUUUGUGAUGUUCAUUGGUUAUCCUCGCAGCAGCCAUAGUUUGGUUGGCGCCAUCUUGGAUGCUCACCCUGAAAUAAUUAUUCCACACGAGUUUAAUCUGUUGGAUAAAUGGAGAAGAUACAAUCUUCCAGCGUUCAAAAGGAAAAACCUACUAAAAUAUAAGUUAUAUUUUGAUCUUCACCAGACCUCUCUCAAGCAAGCCAUCUUUGGAAUACGGGCAAGCCGAAAUAGAACAGUUCUUGGCGGGGAAUUUACAUACUUAUACAAUGUUCCAGAUUUAUGGCAAGGUGGAUACAAAAACAGGAUCAAGGUGAUAGGAGACAAAAAAGGGGGACGAACUUCGGAGCUUAUAAGUAAAGACCCAAGCAGUAUCAAACAGCUAGAAGAAAUCGCUAAAAAGGUGGGAGUGCCAAUGAAAUUCAUACACAUUGUCAGGAACCCAUUUGAUAACAUCGCUACCAUGGUACUUCGCAGAGCAGGCGAGCGUGAUAAUGUAAGGGAAGAAGGAGCAAAAGUGAACAGCCCAGUGAUUUUGGAGAACUGGAUCAAGCUCUACUUCAACCUUACAAAGGCCAACCAGCGCGUCAGAGAAAGGUUUGGGGAUGCAGUUAUCGAUAUUCCAGGACAUGAAACAAUACUCAGACCGAAAGAAACACUACAAAAAUUGUGUGAUCAUUUAGGUGUGACAUGUACGGAGGACUACAUAGAAAAAUGUAGUAAGAUCUUGUAUGGAGCUCCUUCUGUCACAAGAGAUAAAAUUGUUUGGACUGAAGAACAAAAACAGCGGGUCACUGAGCAGAUGAAAAAAUAUCCUUUUCUAAGAGACUUUUCGUUUGACGAUUACCUAUCUUAAACUCACAGGUAGCAGCUGCAGAAUAAUUUUCAAUUUCGCGUUUAAAAUUAGGUUUCAUUGGGCUUGCAUUUCUACUCCCUGCGAUUUUACUAGGAAAACGUUACUAAUCAACCAAGCAUACGCUUUUUUCCGACAAGGUAACCAAUCAGAUUUAUUUAUCUAUGUAUCGCCGUACCAAAGGCACUGGAGGAUUUCCCAGUCCUCCCAUCCUCUCCCAUUGCCUCUUGAGCCUUAAUCUGACAGUUAGUUGCUCACCUUUUCUCUUCCAUGUUGCCUUUGGCCGGUGUUUUGAUGUGCUCGAAAAUAAAACAUGUACUUUGUGAUAAUUAUGCAAACAAUUAAAUUGUAGAAAGAACAGUUA